AUGGGCCGCGGACUACGUCAACCAACGACCUCUCAACCAACGACCUCAAACUCUACCGAGACGGCGGACGAUUACGUAACAGCGCAACGCAUUGUCGUUCCUGAGACCCCAGCCCUGUGCAAGUUGAUGUUUUCAUAUGCAUCCGUUAAACGGAGCCUAAACGGAUACGAGCUUGUACCACGCAAGUACAAUUCGGUCUCAACGACUAACCGCGUCAAGAGCGCUGUUGUGUUCCUGCACAGAGAGGCCAAGGUGGAGCUCUCAACAGAACUGAACGCAAUGAUGAAAGAGUACGUCAGCGGCUACAAACGCAAGUUCGCACAACUCAAGGAGAGUGGUGAGUCCCCGACGCUCCUAUUCGGGUACAAUGAAAAAGAGCGGUUUUCGUCGUGGCUGACGAAGACAUGCGCGGCCAAUGAAGACGACAUCGCCGGGUUCCACCGCACUUUGAGCAACCUCCACCACAGCCACCCCUUGUUAUUGCCCCCUGUAUGGCUGUCCGGAUCGCUCGCUCUCCUUGCCUCUGAGGUACUUGGUGGUACCUUGCACAACCCAGUGUCCAAGCUGACGGCGACUGGCAUCCCUCCGCAUAUUCCAUUAUACAACCAGUUGAGGGCACUCGAAUCGAACUUGGGUGCGUUGGCCAAUCGUGUCGACGAAGGGUUUAAUGCCAUCCCCCAUCAACUACGCAUUGUGAUGGACGCAACAAUCAGUAGCACGACAUCAGUGACCAUGGACCAACUACAUACACUCACCGUUCCCGACAAAAACGCCGUCUUCGAGGCCAGUUUCGCGUCGCUGUAUGGCCGGUUAUUCGCCAGUGCCGGCGCCGCACCCCUCGGUAAUCGUCGCAUCAUCGAAAUGAGCUAUCAUACAGUAUAUGACGCCAUCAAUAAGCAAUAA